AUGGCUGACAUGCACGACUACUGCGCAUGCCAAUACAAAACCGACUCAGCAGUUGACUAUGCUGCCACUGAUCUGCUAGCCGGUGACUGCAGGUUCGGUUACACCUAUGGCCAAAACUCGGGGCAAUUCUGGAUUGGUCGAUCAUCUGGUUCGGGACCAAGGUUCCAAAGACGAUUCCUCAAAGCGAUUGGUGGCCAAAUUGAUGGAAAGCAGUUCUACAACAACUGCGAAUGA